CUCAAAUUGCCCUGGAUGGUGCUAGGUCGCUGGGGCAAGCGCCGUCGACCUAGGUAGGUACCUAACUGCGGCUCUGUUCGCUGUAGCGCAUCCCAGAAGUACCCUGACUGCUGCUGUGACUGCAGAGGGGAGCAAUCAAAUUGCAAACUCACAACGAAAGGACUCCCGUCGAGUCUGAACAUCACGUUUAAACCCACCACGGGCAAUCAAGGCCACGCCGACGACUUCUCAAAGCCCACCACUCUCCCUCGACCACAACCGUCCACCGUCAAGAUGGCGCCUCAAGGGGACGACACCGUUUUUCAGCCCAAGGACGCCAUCAAGUCCGGCGUCAGUGGCGCCCUGUUCAGUGGUGGAGCCGGUCUCUUGAUGGCUUCCCUCCGCACUUCCAUGAAGAAGAACAAUGUCGGCAGCAUGCACGUCUUCACCCACGGCGGAGGCACUAUCAUCAGCUUUACUCUCGCCGGUGGUAUCUACAGAUUCGCCCAACAGGCCUCGGCGAACCUGCGCGAGAAGGAAGACGGCUGGAACCAUGCGAUCGGUGCUUUCCUCGGUGGAAGCGUCAUGGGCUUGCGAUCCCUUCGUUUCCCCGUCAUCCUCGGGUUCGGCGCCAUGGCCGGCUCCGUCGUCGGUGCCUUUGCCUUCUCCGGCGGGCUAACCGGAUGGGGGAGGGACCCCAAUGUCGACGAGUUCGAGAGGAAAGAGGCCAUGCGUCUGAACAGGAGGAGGCCGGUCGAGGAAACCCUUGCGGAAGUUGGCGAGGGUCGGGGUAUCUACCCACCCGGUUACCAAGAACGCAGACGCCAGAGACUCCUUGAGAAGUACGGAGUCGAGGUCAAGCCCGUCUCUGCGGAUCCCAACGUUGCUUCUGCUUGAGAGGUGCGAAACCAUUGAAGAUACAAACAUGAGGACGAUGAUGAUGAUGAUAACAGGCAAGUUGGGAUAUACAGACCCAUGGUUUCAGAGACAAGGGCCUUGGGAAACAGGACUGGCCUUACAGAGACAGACAUCAGGGAAGAACAGGAUGGGCUUUCUUUGACUUCUAAUACUCAUGUCCUGUGGACACAGAAGACGGAGGACAAAAAGAGCAAUGGGAAAAACUGUACCAUACCAUCCAAUAACAUUUUCUCCUUCUUUGAAUCAUCAUUAUUGGGUGGCAUGAGAUGAGAAGCAGCUGAUGCUUGUUGCUUUUGGGUAUUCCCGUGGGCGAUAUUAAAACAAUCAAGGGUCAGUGAAACGGGGCUGGAAUGAUAUGCGGAACAUUAAUUGCUUUACCAAAGGACCAAAAUCUGUCUAAACACCAGACAAAUGAUUAAGAAUGAAGAAACAAAAGGGGAAAAAAAAUAAACAAAGACGUUUGGU